AUGAUCCCGCCAGAACGUUCGGGCGUGUUCGGGUCUAAUCGGAAGUUUACGUCAUCAUGCCUGUUGGCGACUAGCGAAAGAGACAGUAGCGACAAUAGCGUCUCCAACGAAAGGGGCGACAAGUGCCACGGUCGAAUUAUUUACUUGAAUCUGUGUGUGAGUCGAUUUAGUGUGUGGGUCAAAGCGAACGGACAAAAAAGAAGUCAUCCAAGGAAUCACUGCCACCACACUAAGGAACACGAUCACUCAUCUUCCUAUCAGUUCUUGCAAAUGGAGCACAGUCACAAGAAUACCGACUGUUAUUUUUUCUAUUACUCAACGUGCACAAAGGGUGACAAUUGUCCAUUCAGACAUGAACCAUCUGCAUUGGGUUGUGAAACAAUGUGCGUUUAUUGGCAACAGGGUAAAUGCCUCGAUGAACAUUGUAACUUUAGGCAUAUGGAAUUAAGAAAAAAUCGUAAGUCGAUUCCAUGUUAUUGGGAGACACAACCGGGAGGUUGCAGGAAACCACAUUGUUCGUUUAUGCAUAAAAAUGCUCGUACGAUCACUAACGAUCCUAUCAACCCAGUGAAGAAUUUCGAUUUGUCAUCCAAGACAAUGAAUCAGGAAUGGCUUAAUCGUCAAGCGGAAGACACAAAAUACGACGGUAGUAGCACUGAGUCGGAUCAAGGCAGAGGCAGCAGCGAAGCAGGCAGUUUCAUCGGCAGUCCAGCCGUCGAUCCUCUUAUCGUCAAAUUUGAAGAAGAGUCUGACAAUGAAAGUGUACCGUCGCCGGUAAAACCGCAGCCGAGGAUCCCGUACUGCAAAACCUACGAGGAGAUCCGUUUGGAGGAGAUCCAAGCCGAGAGCGCGGCUUACUACUCCUAUCAGGUCGACGAUUAUAAUCAGAGCGACGCGGGCGGCGGUAAAAUGAAGACGCGCAAGACCAGAAGGAUCUGUCUCUACCCGCAGUUGAGCAAAGAGAACAAGGGCGAGAAAGGAAUGAACUUCGAGGUGCUCAGCUUGGAGGAGAUACGCCGUCGGAAGAGGCGGAACCUUUUCCAGGAGAAGGACAGAUCCAAGAACGAGGAGAAGAUGAAGAAGGAGUCAAUCGAGAGGGAUGAAAAUUCUGGAGAAUUUUUAAAAGACGCGAUCAAAUCUUUAACAGAACUGAGAGAUACGAUCUCCACCAGAGGAGUGAAGAGAUCCCUGGACGACUGCGAGGAGGAAGACACUGCUAGACAUAAGAUCAGAUGUACCGACCGUUCAUACGUUGGUAACGUGCCUCCAGUUAAACUGAGAAGGUCACCGAAGAAGCACAGCUCCUUCGAUGGCGAGGACGAAGAGCAAAGAAAUAUGAAAGAGGUAACGACCCUUCCGGAGGUCCAAGGCAAGACUGAUCAAUUAAGGAGAGGCUCAUCGUCCGCUUCUGUGGUCAGAUUAGACGUGACUAGGAAGAACGAAGUCGAGAUCAGGUUGUGUGAUAGUAGCACGGAUGAAGAUCGAAAGGCUUUAGAGAUGAACGACGAGAGGACGCAGGAUGUUAAACCGCGGGACGAUUCUAAGGACACCUGCGACAGUCUGGCGAACGAAGAAGAGUACCUGACGUUGGACAUGGCUUCGGACGACAUCCUGAAAGACAUAGACGCGUUGCUCAAGGACAAGAACGCGGUCUAAGAGAAGCCAGGGGACGAGGAAUCCGUGUGUUCGUCGUCCGGUUAGUUGUAAAUUUCUUGAAGUAACGAAAAACGAUUUUUCGUUUCGAAACUACCGGAUCUUCGUCGUACGGCUCAUUUUUUAACAGAUUAACCAGACUUUUUUUAAUCAGCAUUCGCGUUGCUCGCUUUUAUUAAGGGCGUGGA